UCUCUCUCUCGCUCUCCGCAUGGCGGCCUCGUCGGCGGCCCAGAACCCCGCCAUGCCGCCGCCGCCCUCCUCGAUCGCCGGCGUCGCGGGGGGGCUCCGCACGGACACGCCGACGCCGCCGCCGCCGAAGACCCUCCGCGGCCUCAACAAGCCCAAAUGCAUCCAGUGCGGCAACGUCGCUCGCUCGCGGUGUCCUUACCAGUCAUGCAAAAGUUGCUGCUCCAAAGCUCAAAAUCCCUGUCAUAUUCAUGUUUUGAAAGCCAAUGCAACUUUUCCAGAGAAGAACCCACCUUCAAGCUCUCCUAUCUUUAGUCAGCAGGCAACUGAAUCAUCUUCUUCAGGGAGUUCACUGAGAGUUGCAUCUCUUCGGCAACUAUCCAACAAUUUUUCCCAAUUUAAUAAUGUGCAAAUGCCAUUGCGUUCUAAGAAGCCAUUAACCAGAAAGGAUGCUGCGGCUAUAAAUGAAUGGAGGUUUGCCAAGUUAAAGGAGUUCAAGGAUCAGCUUAUCGAGGUAGAGAAUGAAUCUUUUGACCGAUAUAUGCAGAAUGUUAGCCUACUAGAAGAGGCAUUUGCUGUGGAGUUUUUAGCCAAAGGUUCUGGCCAAGAUGAGUCCUCUACAUCAAUAUCUAGCCUCACUUGCGGGGAGGAGAAGAGCUUUGUCUUCUCAGAGAUGAAACUGAAGCUAAAAGCGAACCCAGUUAGGAAGGAGAAUUUGAGAAAGAGGAUUCAUGGCGUCAUUGAUCAAGGGUUAAGGAAACUUCAGAAACUUGAGCUGAAUAAUCAGGCAAAUUUCUCAGUUGCCCAAGGUGCACUGAAUGACAAGCCCAAAAUAAAUGGUUUUCAGGUUGAAAGAGCUUUGAUUAUCCAUGAUCUAAACGAGAAGCUGAACAAAGCACGGAAUGAGGAGGAUUUAAAAUCUUGCUUGGAUAUGCAAGCCCAGUUAAUUAGUCAGCACGUGGGGUCAGGGGCAACAGUAGCAGAAAACACCAAGCCAUCCCUGCCCGCACAUGCUGCUGAAGAUGAUAAAAAAAGGGGGUCUGGAUCUGCUUUUGCUUUACCGAAGUCUGUAAGUACCGCUGAGAUUGAUCAAGAAACUCUCAGCAUCAUCAGCGCUCGCUUUUCUUCUCUUGAGCAGAUAGAAAAUCUGUAACAUGACUUGGAGGUAGGACACCAGCCAAAGGCUGAAUUUGAGGAUGAAAUAACAUGACAUUGUUAUUUGUUGUACUGGAAUCGGUUCCGUUAGUUAGUUUUACGUCCGAGCGCCCUUUUGGAGUCUCCUCCUUGCUGUGAACAGCCAUGUUUUGAGGGUUAUUGGUGCCGAUGUAAUUUAGUGUCGCAAUGUUUGGAUAUUCUUGUUACAUACAUAAACUCUAUUUAUAGCUUGCAGAUGAUAGCUUUGGAUGCA